CCAAACGAGGCAGUAGCUUACAUCAUACGCAAACUCACAAAAUUUCCAUGUACUACAAAAACAGAAAAAAAGAUGGUAGAGAGAGAGAGAGAGAGAGAGAGAGAGAGCGCAUCAAGCACCAGAAAUGCCGGAGGAGGAGAAGUGAGAACAUACCACGCACAUAUUCUCUCUCUCUCUCUCCACGAUUGAAGAUACCAAAAAUCAGAGCAUCAGAGCACAAGAGAUUGCGUCAAAUUGAAGCGCCUUUCGGAGUCCUUACAAAACACUGCUUUAGAAGAGAGAGACAAUGCCGGAGGAGUGGAGGCCGGUAGAUGUAGUGAUGGAGGCAGCGUCGGGACCUCAUUUUUCUGGCCUACGAUUAGACGGCGUCCUCUCCUCCGCUUCGUCAUCUUCAACCCUAGCCGACUCCAACUCCCCCAAACAGUUCUUCGUCAUCGGAGUUUCAGGAGGUACGGCUUCUGGUAAGACGGCAGUGUGUGACCUGAUCAUUCAACAACUUCAUGAUCAUCGGGUUGUGCUUGUCAAUCAGGAUUCAUUUUAUCGUGACUUGAUAGCUGAAGAAGCACAACGAGUGCAUGAAUAUAACUUUGAUCAUCCUGAUGCUUUUGACUCCGAACAGCUUGUAGAGUGCAUUGAGAAACUCAAAAGUGGCCAAUCUGUCCAGGUCCCAAUAUACGAUUUUAAAAACCAUCGCAGGUGUGCAGACAAUUUCCGGCAGGUAAAUGCAUCUGAUGUAAUUAUCUUGGACGGAAUUCUAGUUUUCCAUGACUCACGUGUUCGUAACUUGAUGAAUAUGAAGAUUUUUGUUGACACAGAUGAUGAUGUGAGGCUUGCUCGUAGAAUAAGGCGUGAUAUAGUUGAGAGGGGUAGGGACAUAAACUCUGUGCUUGAACAGUACGCAAAGUUUGUGAAACCCGCUUUUGAUGAUUUUGUCCUGCCAGCAAAGAAGUAUGCUGAUGUUAUCAUACCCCGGGGAGGUGAAAAUCAUGUUGCCAUUGAUUUAAUUGUCCAACAUAUCCGCACAAAACUUGGUCAGCAUAAUCUUUGCAAAAUCUAUUCAAAUGUUUACGUUAUUCAAUCGACAUUCCAGAUAAGAGGUAUGCAUACGCUGAUUCGAGAUCAUGAUAUAUCAAAGCAUGAUUUUGUAUUUUAUUCGGAUCGGCUUAUUCGUUUGGUUGUGGAGCAUGGACUUGGCCAUUUGCCUUUUACUGAGAAGCAAGUGGUCACUCCAACAGGGUCAGUAUAUACUGGGGUUGACUUCUGCAAGAAAUUGUGUGGAGUUUCCAUUAUUCGAAGUGGUGAAAGUAUGGAGAAUGCAUUGCGGGCUUGUUGCCAAGGAAUAAAAAUUGGAAAAAUUCUGAUCCACCGUCAUGGUGACGAUGGGAAACAGCUUAUAUAUGAAAAACUUCCCAAGGAUAUUUCGGAACGGCACGUGCUGCUUCUGGAUCCAGUUCUUGCUACAGGUAACUCUGCUAACCAAGCAAUUGAUCUACUCGUACAGAAAGGAGUUCCAGAAUCCCGCAUAAUAUUUCUGAAUCUCAUUUCUGUUCAAAACCUCUUAGGUGCUACCAAUUCUUGUGUUGGGUCAUUCCAUACGGAGCUCUGCUCUGACUUUAAAUGGCCCUCCCGCUAGUGGACGGUGGGAUUGGUCUCCCAGGGAUUAGUCGAGGUGCGCGCAAGCUUGCUCUGACUUUAAAUGUGCCCCCCUCUAGUGGACGGUGGGAUUGGUCCCCAGGAAUUAGUCGAGGUGCGCGCAAGCUGGUCCAGACAUCCUGAGUUAUCAAAAAAAAAAUAAUAACUUAUAUAUAUAUAAAUCCUCAUAUGUGAUGAUUUUAUGGUGUUAUAUAUAUAUAAAUCCUCAUAUGUGAUGAU